UCUUCAAGGGCCGCGACAUCCCGAACGGGUACACCGAGGAGACCCUAUCGCGCUGGCGCCGCGUGCGCAAGGCAAUGGAGGAGGUGGAGGAGGUGGAGCAACUCUUCUCCAAGGACGCGGGGGGCGGCAAAGACGAGCUCAAGAAACCCGCACCAGAGGUCCAAAUCUCCCCAAGCCCUCCGCCACGGCCGCACGCUUGAGCGCGCCCCCCCCCACCCCACUCCCCCCCUUCCUCGCGCCCCGGAGCACGACGCUCGCGUCGACGGGGGACGUGGGAGGGUGGGACCAAUGGUUGCUGCGUCGGUGGGGUGGGUCAGAACGGUGAAUGCAGAUGACACCUCGUAAUUAUUGUGCUGUUGUUUUGUGGCGCGCGGGGUGUUGCUCUGUCUCGACGUGCGGAGCUGAAAUGCGCGACCGGCGAGCGCCUUGUAUCAUAUUAUGUAGCUCGUUACCACAC